AUGAAGUUUUUGUUGGUGGUUCUUCUGAUCACAAUUUUCGGCGCUAACAUGAGCAAUGCGGCGAAAUGCAGUGUUAAAAAUGGUGAUAUCAGUUCGAGAUGGCAAGUGGCGGAUGGUGAACUCACCAUGGAAGUCACGACCAAAAAUAUCGGCAAUAAUGAGUGGUCGGCGGUUGGAUUUGGGCCGGAUAUGGUGGGUUACUGUAGAUUUCGGGGUUACUGUAGAAAAAUUCGCAUUUUUUGACACCAAAUACGCCCGGGGGUGAAAUUUUUGAAUUUUGGAUUUUUGCGCAUUUUCACACCUACAGUACCCGAAUUUUAAAGGAACAUGGUCUUGUUUAAAUUCAAAAUAAUCCGCGAAAACGAAAAUUUUGAAUUUUUAGCCUACAGUACUCUAUAUUUAAAGGAACAUGGUCAUAUUUACAUUCAAAAUUUCCCAAAUUUUUUGAAAUUGUUUGCAGAGCGAUUUGGAAGUGGUGAUUUUCGAAAUUGUGGAAAAUGAGCCGAAAUUGGUGACUGGCGUCACCAAAGGCUAUUCACCGCCCGAAAUCGAUUCGACACCUCAAGUCAAACUUCAAUCGUUGAAUUAUAAUAGUGAGUUGGGGGGAAAUUUAAAUUUUAAAUUUUUUUUUAAAAUUCAAUUUGAAUAAAAAAUUUCAAAAUUAAAAAUUUUUUUAAAAAUUUCGGAUUUUAAAUUCAAAAUUUUUUGUUUUAAAUUUCAAUUUGAAAAAAAUUCAAAAUUAAAAAAAAAUAAAAAUGAAAAAAUUUUAUAUUAUUGAAUUAAAAAUACGUGAGAAAUAAAAAAACUAGGUCAAGUGACGUGGAUUUAAAAACAGUAUAGGUAGCCAUGUCGUCAGUCGCGAUGCGUGUGAGCGACACGUUUUUAGAAAUGAAAAUUUGACAAAUCCAAUGGAAAAUAUCAGGGUCAACACGCAUCGCAGAACCGCAUCGCGACUGACGACAUGGCUACCUAUACUGUUUUUAAAUCCACAUCACUUGACCUAGUUUUUUAUUUCUCACGUGUUUUUAAUUCAAUAAUAGCGCGAAAAAUUGAAUUUUUUUAAAUUUUAAAUUUAACAAUUUUUUUCUAUUUUUAAAAAAAAAUUUGAAAAUUAAAAAAUAACAGAAAAUUUUUUUCAAAUUUAAUUUUAAAUUUUUGAAUUUUAUUUUUGAAAAAAUGAAUUUUUCAAAACUUGAAAAAAAAAAUUGAAAACUUGGAAAAAUUUUUUUUAAAUUCAAUUUUAAAUUAGAAUUUUUGGCACGCGCGAGAAAUUUUAAAUUUUUAAAAUUAAAAUUUUUUUUCAAAUUUUGAUUCAAAAAAAUUCAAAAUAAAAAAAAAUCAGAAAUAACAAAAAAUUCUUUUUAAAUUUUUUUAAAAUUUCAAUUGUUAAUAAAAAAAUAAAAAUGAAAAAAUUUAAUUUUUUUUUUAAAAUUGUAUUUUUUGUUUAUUUAAAAAAUUUAAAUUUUUUAAAAUUCAAUUUUGAAGAAAAUAAUUAAACAUUUAAAUUUAAAAAAAAUUUCAAAAUUAAAAAUAAAUUUAAAAUUAAAAUAAAAAAAUUAACAGAAAAAUGAAAAAAUUUUAUUUUUAAAUUUUAAAAUUUGUUAAUUUUUAUAAUUUUUGAAAUUUCAAUUUCCGUGCCAAACUAAAAUUCAAAAAAAAUGAAAAUAUUUUCAGGCAACACUUUGGUGGCCAGAUUUUCACGCCCUGUCGGCGCAAAUUCUCGUGGACACUCGCUAACUUCCUGUGGAACGUGGAAUGUGAGUUUUUGAAAAAAUUAGCAUGUCCCUUUAAAUCCCCCCGCACUACAGUACUCUCUUCAAAAAUCCCUUCAAGACCCAGCAUGUUCUUUUAAUGUUCCCCCCUACAGUACCUCUUGCAGUUCGUCACCAAAGGUGUAGUGGAAGAUGGUGAAAUCGGCUAUCACGGUGCCGCACCGCAUGUCGUCGAUAUUUGCGCCCAAAAAUGCACCCAGAAGAUUUUCGACUAA